AUGGCGCCCACCCUGGCCACGGCCCACCGGCGCCGCUGGUGGAUGGCCUGCACCGCCGUGGUGGAAAACCUCCUCUUCUCCGCCGUCCUCCUGGGUUGGGGGUCCCUGCUCAUCAUGCUCAAGUCGGAAGGCUUCUACUCCUACCUCUGUACCGAGCCAGAGAACAUCAGCAGCAACUCCUCUGAUGGGGCAGAAAGCGAGCAAGAAGCGGUGACCCGGGUGAAAGGCUGGCUGUCAUGCCAGGCCCAGGAUGAGAUGCUGAACUUGGCCUUCACCGUGGGCUCCUUCCUGCUCAGCGCCAUCACUCUGCCCUUGGGGAUCGUCAUGGACAAAUAUGGUCCCCGCAAGCUGCGUCUGCUCGGCAGUGCCUGCUUUGCUGCUUCCUGCCUCAUGAUUGCCCAUGGAGCCAGUAACCCAAACUCCUUGUCCGUGUUGAUCUUCAUCUCCCUGUCUCUCAAUGGCUUUGGCGGGAUGUGUAUGACCUUCACCUCGUUAACACUACCCAACAUGUUUGGUGACCUUCGCUCAACAUUUAUUGCCUUGAUGAUUGGCUCUUACGCCUCUUCAGCUGUUACUUUUCCGGGAAUCAAGGUCAUCUACGACUACAAUGUCUCAUUCAUCCUCAUCCUGACCGUCUGGGCCUGUUUUGCUGGGCUAGUUUUCUUGAACUGCUUCUUCAACUGGCCCCUGGAGCCCUUCCCGGGACCAGAGGACAUGGACUACUCGGUGAAAAUCAAGUUCAGCUGGCUGGGGUUUGACCACAAGAUCACCGGGAAGCAGUUUUACAAGCAGGUGACCACAGUGGGACGGCGCCUGAGUGUGGGGAACUCUAUGAAAAAUCCCAAGGAGCAUUCGGCCCUACAGGAGGGCAACAAGCUUUGCUUGUCAACAGUUGACCUGGAAGUGAAAUGUCAGCCAGACAAUUCAGCCACCCCCUCGUUCAUGCACAGUGUGUUCAGCCCGAUUCUCCUGCUCAGCCUCGUCACCAUGUGUGUCACGCAGCUGCGUCUCAUCUUCUACAUGGGAGCCAUGAACAACAUCCUGAAGUUCCUGUCGGACGGAGACCAGGAUGCAGUGAUGGCUACAGUGGGUCUGUACACCUCCAUCUUCGGCGUCCUGCAGCUACUCUGCCUGCUGACGGCGCCCGUCAUCGGCUACAUUAUGGACUGGAGGCUGAAGGAGUGCGAAGACAGCUCGGAGGAGCCCGAGGAGAGAGAUGCCAACCCAGGAGAAAAGAAGAAGAAACGUGACCGACAGAUCCAAAAAGUCUCCAACGCCACAAGAGCUUUUGUGUUUACCAACCUGCUAUUAGUAGGAUUUGGAAUUACCUGCGUCAUUCAUAAUCUGCCUCUGCAGAUCCUCUCCUUCAUUCUGCACACAGUCGUGAGAGGAUUUAUCCACUCCGCCAUCGGGGGUCUCUAUGCUGCUGUAUAUCCCUCAACCCAGUUUGGCAGCUUAACGGGCCUGCAGUCUCUGGUCAGCGCACUCUUUGCUCUCCUUCAGCAGCCGUUGUUCGUGGCAAUGAUGGGACCUCUCCAAGGGGACCCCUUUUGGGUGAACAUCGGGCUCCUCGGCGUCAGCAUGCUGGGAUUUUGCCUGCCCGUCUACCUGAUCUGGUACAAAAGGCAGCUGGAGAAAAAGCUGGAACAGAAGCGAGAGGAUGACAAGCUCUUCCUCAAGAUCAACGGCACGCCCAACCAGGAGGCCUUCGUGUAGAGCUUCGGAGCCACCGUUUGACGCACAAGGCCGUCCCUCGCCACCUGUUCCUCUUCCACUCCCACAGCGGAUGACUCCGGCCCCUCUCGGGGCCAGCGUGGCCCGGCCUCUUCCCACACCAAAUGAUCCCAGAGGAAAUCUGCCCCCUCCCCGAUCCCUGUGAUCACAUCCCCUCAACCUCCAACCCUGUCUCUUUUCCCCCUCGAGUUUUCUUCUGUCGUGGAAACCACUACAGCCCAUCUGCAACUCAAAUGGUGGUUCUCUGGCCGGGCCCUGGGCCCCGGGGAGGAGCCUCUGCCUCUGAGGGGAGGUGAAGGGGACCCAGGACGGAUGCUUUCUUCUGCCACAGGAGAAUGGGGUUGGGGCAACCACCCUCCCUCUAAGCAGGCCCUUCCCCAAGAGGCUGAGGGGAGGGACCUUCACCUCCGCCCGCCUCACUGACCACGAGGAGAAUGGAGUCUGGUCCCCCCAGCUGGCGAGUUUCUGGGCUCUGCCUCUGGCCAAAACGAGGAGCCGGAGCCCAGCCACUGCAGGCUCCCCACUUUCUGCCGCAGGAGGCUUCCCUGUGGGACCCAGACUGCGGUUACCCGGGAAGAGCCGCGAGGCUUGGGCAUCCUCCACUUACUCCCCACCCACUCCGUGGGGGAGCGCACCUCUGAGGAGAGGUUCUCUGAAAAAAGAAGGAACAAUGAAGGGGCCCAGAAUCCCACCCCUUCCCGUUGCUGGUGCUAAAGCCUCUUGGUCUCACUCAGAUCCCCAAGCAACUGCUCUCUCUGUCUCCUGGCUGCCCCCUGCACAUGGGACCUUGUGGGGUAGGGGGACUGUUCUGAAGCCCCAAGCUUACGAGACCCUGCAAUCCGCACAUCUCCCGCAUCCCACCGCAUCUCACCGGCCUGGCUGGAGGUGGGCGGCCUCUCUCCGCGCCAGAUGAAGCAUGAGCCUGAAAUGGGGUUCCCGGUCCGGGGCUGGGCCCCUAAGACCUGCAGAAGGUCAGCCUGAGAGGAUGCCUUUGAGGGGAAGGGGGCUGGAAGCACCCCUUCCCCUUAGAAUCCGGGGCCCAGAAAGGAGGCCUGCCCCAGUCCCGCUCAGCAGAUGGAGGGAAGGGAACAGGGCUGGCCUCACAUUUACACAACUGGGCUCCAGGGGAGAAAAUGUGUGGUGAGUGUGUGCUUGGGGGGGGCGGGGUGUGUGUGUCAGUGUGUGUGUGUGUGUGUGUGAUCUUGAGGAACAGGCUCUGCCCCCCGCUACUACUGGAGCCCCAGAGGCACCUCACUGCCUGCCUUGCACCUGAAAAGCUUUGUGGGGACCAGGGGCAACCCCCUAAUGUUGCACCCCUGAAAGUGUCCGUGGACGUUUACAUGCCAGAGGCCUGGUCUCUGAAGGUCUGGCCCACCCGCCCAUCCACCGUGCCACCACCCGCAAGGGGUGUCCCUUCCUUGGGUCCUGUUCUGGUGACACCUCCUCCCCCUCCUUGCAUUUGUUCUCCGGGCUCAAUGGCACGAACCCCGCAGCUCCUCUGUAACGGACCUUUGUUUCCCGGGCCCUCCCAAGAGCCCUGGGAAAGUUUUGGGGUACUUGGUUUUUGUCUCUCGUUCUCUCAGACUCCUAUUUUGUAAAGCAAUAAAUUUGUCCUCCUCGUGGUCCA